AUGAUCCGUGCCCUCGAGGUGGAAGGCGUACCUCGCCAACGCAUCCUCCUGGGCGGAUUCGGUCAGGGGGCUGCGCUUGCGCUUCGGACCGUGCUCCAGUCGAAGGAGCCUUUGGCAGGAGGGGUGGUCUGCAGCGGUUGGGUUCCGGGCUCGAAGGACAUCCCGCAGGAGAUUUCCGACGGGGGCAGGAGCACGGCGCUGCUAUGGUGCCAUGGUGCCCGGGAUGAUGUCGUUGAGCCGCGCCUAGCAGCAGAACAGGCGAAAGCUCUCAAGGAGGCAGAGGUCAAUCUGCGCUUCGUGCUGUUUCCGGAGAUGCAGUUCGAGUUGGCCUCCCAAGCCCUGGCGGAGAUCCGUCGCUUCAUCACUGAGCGCCUUGCCGCGGCGGUGGCGCCGCCGGCGGAGGAGCCCCCGCCCGACGAAGGUUCCCUGGAACCGGGCUGA